AUGUGGAACUUUAUUAUUACAAAGUCGAAGAUGCAACAACAAUAUGUUUGGUUUGUUAAAUUUACGCAAAUAGAGGAAAACGAGUUUCCAUUGAAAGCAAAAGCAUUUCCACAAGUCGAGAAAAAAUUGGGCAAUUUUCGUAAACAAAAAGCAAAAAACUGUUGUGCUUUAAUACCGCUUAAUGAAAAUUUAACACUUUGGCUCUUGUUUGCUGUCUAUUUUCACAAUAGCAGUCUAAUAAAACAGGUUGAUUGUUUAAUUAAUUGGGUUUUCAAGCUUUUUGCCAUUACACUAUGA